AUGACGACCAACAACCCCUUCAGACCCCCCUUCUCCGCCGAGACCCCUUCGCAGCGCGAGAAAGAUCUUGUCGAUGAGCUUAAGGGUGCAAAGGAGGAGAUCCAGGCCAAGAAUCAACGGGAGCUAGAGCUUCUUUCUCAGCUUCUAGAGGCCAAAACCUCUCUCCUUCAGACUUCGCAGCAGCGAGAGCAGCGCCUCACGACCCAGUUUCAAAAGGUCAAGGCCGACCUCGAGACCACUCAGCAGCACGAAAAGACUCUUACCGCUCAGCUAGAGAAGUGGAAGUCCGACUUUGAGAACGCCCAGACGCGCGAGAAGGAGACGGCCACGCAGGUUCAAUUGCUCAAGAAAACCCUCGACGCGGCGAGGGAGCGGGAGAGGCUGGCCAACGUGAACGUGGACAAGAUUAAGGCGGAACUCGGGCUUUCCAAGACCCGUGAGAAGAACCUCAACAGCGAGAUUGAACAGCUCAAGCAGGACCUGGAGGCAAGCAACGGACAGGCCCAGACUCCUGGCUUCAAGCGGGCCAGGACGGAUUCGUGGGGACCUCCAGCCCAUACCCCAACACCCUCGAAGAGGGGAGGAAGAGGGGGUGCUCACAGUCAAUUCAGAACUCAGUGA